UAUUUUAACUUUUUUUUGCCGGAAUGGAAAGCUGUUGGGACAGGAAAAACAGCUAUGUGCUAUAUAAAACAAAAGUUUAACUUUGUGGACAAACGGGGCCUGUUCUGUGGGUAAAAGUAGUCCCGGUGGGGGUCACGACCCCGGACGUCAGCGUCCGGCGCGCGGUUCAGUUUGGCGGUUUCGGAUCUGCAAUCGAGCUGGGGCGGGAUGUGGUCGCGAGCGAACCGGGCUGCUGAGGCGUUUUACGCUCGUCUCUUUCAGGAAUUUGAUGAAGCAAAGAAAGGAAUCUGUAAAGACCCAUUUAUCUAUGAGGCUGAUGUUCAAGUGCAGUUACUCAGCAAAGGCCAACCAAACCCUUUGAAAAAUAUUCUAAAUGAAAAUGACACAGUAUUCAUUGUGGAAAAAGUGCCUUUAGAAAAGGAAGAAACAAGUCAUGCUGAAGAACUACAAGCCGAAGAAACUGCUAUUUCUGAUUUCUCUACUGGUGAAAAUGUUGGACCACUUGCUUUACCAGUUGGGAGAGCCAGGCAGUUAAUUGGACUUUACACCAUGGCUCACAAUCCUAAUAUGACCCAUUUGAAGAUUAAUAGGCCGGUUACUGCUCUUCCUCCCCUUUGGGUAAGGUGUGACGGUUCAGAUCCUGAAGGUACCUGUUGGCUGGGAGCUGAGCUUAUCACAACCAAUAACAACAUCACAGGAAUUGUCUUGUACAUGGUCACCUGUAAAGCUGAUAAAAAUUAUUCUGUAUAUCUUGAAGACCUAAAAAAUGCACACAAGAAAAGACAUCACUUGUCUACUUUAACAGCCAGUGGCUUUGCCCAGUACGAGCUCUUCAAGUCCACUGCCUUGGAUGAUACAGUUGCCACCUCACAAACUACGAUCACUUUGGAUAUUUCCUGGAGUCCUGUGGAUGAGAUUCUUCAAAUCCCUCCACUCUCUUCAACUGCAGCUCUGAAUAUGAAGGUGGAAUUGGGAGAGCCCAGAGGUCCUCUGAAUCAUCUUCACAGAGAACUGAAAUUUCUCCUUGUUUUAGCUGAUGGUUUGAGGACUGGUGUAACUGAGUGGCCUGAGCCUCUGGAAGCAAAAUCUGCUGUCGAACUUGUGCAGGAAUUUCUGAAUGACUUAAAUAAGCUGGAUGAAUUUGAUGAUGCUACAAAAAAAGACACAGAGACAGUGAAGCACGACUCUGCUGCCGUUGAUCAGUCCAUCGAGUGUCUUCUCACAGUACGGGGUGAUCUUGAUUUUGCUGAGCAGCUGUGGUGCAAAAUGAGCAGUAGUGUGAUUUCUUAUCAAGACUUGGUGAAGUGUUUCACACUGAUCAUGCAGAGUCUGCGGCGUGGUGACAUCCAGCCAUGGCUUCAUAGCGGGAGUAACAGUUUACUAAGUAAGCUCAUUCAUCAGUCUUACCAUGGAACCAUGGACACGGUUUCUCUCAGUGGGACUGUUCCAGUUCAGAUGCUUUUGGAAAUUGGUUUGGAUAAACUGAAGAAAGAUUAUGUCUGUUUUUUCAUAGGUCAGGAACUUGCAUCUUUGAAUCAUUUGGAAUAUUUCAUUUCUCCAUCAGUAGAUACACAAGAACAGGUUCAUCGUGUUCAAAAACUUCACCAUAUUCUUGAAAUAGUAGUCAGUUGCAUGCUUUUCAUUAAACCUCAACAUGAACUCCUCUUUUCUUUAACACAAUCCUGCAUAAAAUUUUAUGAACAAAAUCCUCUUGAUGAGCAACACAUUUUUCAGCUGCCAGUCAGACUAACUGCUAUAAAAGACUUAUAUCAGAAUGAGAAGCCACAGAAAUGGAGAGUGGAAAUAAAUAGUGGUCUAAAGAAGGUGAAAACGGUUUGGCAACUGAGUGACAGCCCACCUGUAGACCAUCUGAAUUUUCACAAACCCGGUAAAGAUGAUUUUUCUGAAUUAACACUGAAUGGUAGCCUGGAAGAAAGGAUAUCCUUUACUACCAUGGUUACCUGCAGCCAGGUGCAUUUCAAGUGAAGUGUGCUGAUGGGGCCCUCUAUAAGCUCAAGCCAAAAAAAAAAAAAGAGAGAGAGAGAGAGGUGGUGGGAAGGUAAGUAUCACAGAACCUGAAAACAGAGAAGUAUGUAAACCUUCGAAGGAGGAAAAAGAAGAAGAUCCUGAAGAAGAUUCUGAAGGUUCUCUGUGAAAGAUGCAGCCACAAAAUGGGUGACCCUGUCUCAGCUCAGGCUCCGCAGGAGAAGCAUCAGCAGAACUGCAGCGAUUAGUAUACAGAGGGUGCAGACUGUAGGUACCACGAUCUCCGUCACAAUCUGCAUGUAACUUAGCAAAGGCUCUGUGUUGGGGAGAGAACAACACAGCAGAUGAGAAUGUGGUCAUUUUGGUGAAUGCAGCUUCAUCCUGAGAGCUUCAACUAUCUGGAAAAACUUGGAAAAUGGCAUCACACUUGCUAAUUCUCAUUUGCUGUAAAAGAGAACCUGGUAAAUUAAAGUUAUAAAAAUUUAUGUGAGGGCUUUGUAAGAUAUUUCAGAAAAUAAGAAUAAAGAAUGCUUAAAUUUGGAAUAAAGUCUAAAUGUCUGUCAA